AUGGAAUCCCCCGCAGAGCCUGGGAUGCCUUUGCCCAAAUACUGCAGCGUGGCCACAACCCUGGAGGUCCCCGCCUGGGCCGGCACUGCUCCUCCCUGGGACUUGGCCUUUGCCUGCCCCUUUGGCCCCCAAGCAUCCUGGCUCGCCUGGCACAGCCCUCUCACCAGAUGUGUGUCUUAUCAACCGUAUCUCCACGUGGCUGAGCCAGCGCGGCAGGGGCCCUGUUGGCUGGGAAGAGCGGGAGACACCGCUGGCACGUGGGUCUUGGCGAGAAGGGAGCCAGAUGGCUUUUAUUACCGGGCUCAGAUAAAGACAGCUCCAGAGCUGGAGAGGCAGGGGGCCCUGCUUGUGGAAUUUGAGGCUCCGCUUGUCACAGGCCCAGAGCUGCCAGCCCAGCGGCAGAACGUGGUCUUAGGAGAAGAUGUUGUUCAGUUCUCACCAUCCACGGAACACUCACUGCACCCUGGGGACAAGGUGCUGGCCCCCUGGGAGCCAGACAGACAGCGGUAUGGCCCUGCCACUGUCUUGGGCUUGGAGGCGAGAGAUCCCCAGAGAGCAUGGAAAGAAGAAAUUACUGUCCACUUCUGGAAUGGCAAGACAGCCACGGUGCCUCCAGGUGGGGUCAGCUGGGUGCCCCCCGCUGUCUGGAAGAAGGCUGUGGAGAAGCUGCGCCGGCCUUUGACCAGGGAGCACCCCAGUGCCCUGCUCAGGGCGCCCUGCUGCUCCCUGCUGGGGCCGGGCACUGGAUGUGUGACCCACGGGUUUCCACUUGGCCCCCCGCUCCUGUGCCCUCCCCGCCACCCCCACGCCUGCUGCCAGCUGCUGUGCCAGGGCUGCCCCGGCUGCCCUUUGGCCGGACCUACCUGGUGGCCUCUAACCAGGGCCUCGGGCGUCACAGCAAGAGAACAUCCAGAGGCAGAGCUGAAGCCCACAGCACAGCUUUUGCCCCUGGAGGCUCCUAAAGAGGAGGAAGUAGCAGUGCCAGCUCCCAUAGCUGUGUCCUCCUCCUCUGAAGAGGAUGUGGAGAAGGAUCUGGAGAUGGGCGCCUCCCAGAGGCCGAUGGUGGACAGUACAGCCAACACAGACCCUGUCCCUGCUGAGAAGACUCGGAGGCGGCCGGGUGGCCCCUCCCAGCCCGAGUGGAGGUACUGGAGGAGAAACGGGCAGGAGCCCCAGCCUGGGAAGCCAGGGUUAGGAAAAAGAUGUUGUGACGCCCAGGACGUGAAGGGCAACACACAACAGAGAGAUCAAACUGUAGUAGUGGGGAAUGCCAAGGAGCUGGUCCUGGAAGUAACCAACACGAAGCCCGUGCAGAUCCUGCCGGAGAAAGCUGCAAGCAGACCACGGAGUCAGGGAGCGGCUACAGCGUGUCCGAGAGGCCAGAGCUGCUCAGACUAA